CCCGCCGUGGGAGGGGGGCCGCGUGCCGCGUCUGCGGGAAGGAGCCGCGAUCUAGCCGGAGCUGAAGCAAGGAACCGAGAGGCCCGUGGAGCCGCGCGGGGAACGCCCGGGCGCAGCUGAGCCGGAGGCCGCGGCUGCGCGGCCCAUGGGCCCGGCCCGGCCUGGCACCGAGAGAGUCGUGGGCUGUACCGAAGCGGAGGAGCGGAGCGCCGCGGCCUGAGUGAGAAUCAGUGAAAAGAGCAUGACUUUUGGAGGCAGAAGACUUACUUUAACAUCCCUACUUCACUUCCUAAUUUUGUGAUUUGGAAAUAUCUAAUGCAAGAUGUUGACAUUGAAAACUUGGAUAGUGCAAGCAUUGUUUAUUUUCUUCACCAGUGGGUCUGUAGGUGAACUUCUAGAGCCAUGUGGUCAUAUUAAACCUGAAUCUCCAAUUGUACAGCUUGGUUCUAAUUUCACGGCAGUUUGUGUGCUAAAGGAAAAAUGCAUGGAUUAUUUUCAUGUAAAUGCUAAUUACAUUUUCUGGAAAACAAACCAUGUUACUGUUCCUAAAGAACAAUAUACCAUCAUAAACAGAACAGCAUCUAGUGUCACGUUUACAGAUUCAUCUUUAUUAAAUACUCAACUCACUUGCAACAUUCGUACAUUUGGACAGAUUGAUCAGAAUGUUUAUGGAAUCAGAAUAAUUUCAGGCUUGCCUCCAGAAAAACCUAAAAAUUUGAGUUGCAUUGUGAAUGAAGGAAAGAAAAUGAUGUGUCAGUGGGAUCCUGGAAGGGAAACAUACCUGGAAACAAAUUUCACUUUAAAAUCUGAAUGGGCAACGGAGAAGUUUGCUGAUUGUAAAACAAAACGUGACACCCCAACCUCGUGCACUGUUGAUUAUUCUCCUGUGUAUUUCGUCAACAUUGAAGUCUGGGUAGAAGCAGAGAAUGCCCUUGGGAAGGUUACAUCAGAUCAUAUAAAUUUUGAUCCUGUAGAUAAAGUGAAGCCCAAUCCACCACAUAACUUAUCAGUCAGCAACUCAGAGGAACUGUCUAGUAUCUUGAAAUUGACGUGGAUCAACUCAAGUAUUCAGAGUUUUAUAAGACUGAAAUACAACAUUCAGUAUAGAACCAGAGAUGCCUCAACUUGGAGCCAGAUUCCUCCUGAAGAUACAGCCUCCAGUCGAACUUCAUUCACUGUCCAGGACCUUAAACCUUUCACAGAGUAUGUGUUUAGGAUUCGUUGUAUGAAGGAAGAUGGUAAAGGAUUCUGGAGUGACUGGAGUGAAGAAGCCAGUGGGAUCACAUAUGAAGACAGACCAUCCAAGGCACCAAGUUUCUGGUAUAAGAUAGAGCCAUCCCAAACUCAUGGCUAUAGAUCUGUACAACUCAUAUGGAAGACAUUGCCUCCUUUUGAAGCCAAUGGAAAAAUUUUGGAUUAUGAAGUGACUCUCAUAAGGUGGAAAUCACGUUCACAGAAUUACACAGUUAAUGACACAAAAUGGACAGUAAAUGUCACAAAUGAUCGUUACAUAGCAACUCUGACAGCAAGAAAUCUGGUUGGCAAAUCAGAUGCAGCUGUUUUAACUAUCCCUGCCUAUAACUUUCAAGCUACUCGACCUGUCACGGAUCUUAAAGCAUUUCCCAAAGAUAAUAUGCUUUGGGUAGAAUGGACUGCUCCAAAUGAAUCUGUAAAUAAGUAUAUACUUGAGUGGUGUGUCUUAUCAGAUAAAUCGCCGUGUAUCCCCGACUGGCAACAAGAAGAUGGUUCUGUACACCGCACCUAUCUAAGAGGAAACCUGGCAGAGAGCAAAUGUUAUUUGAUAACAGUUACUCCAGUAUAUACUGAUGGACCAGGAAGCCCCGAGUCUAUAAAGGCCUACCUUAAACAAGCUCCACCUUCCAAAGGACCUACUGUUCGGACAAAAAAGGUGGGAAAAAAUGAAGCUGUCUUAGAGUGGGACCAACUUCCUGUUGAUGUUCAGAAUGGAUUUAUCCGAAAUUAUACUAUAUUUUAUAGAACCAUCAUUGGAAAUGAAACUGCUGUGAAUGUGGAUUCCUCCCACACAGAAUAUACACUGUCCUCUUUGACCAGUGACACUUUGUACAUGGUACGAAUGGCAGCGUACACAGAUGAAGGUGGAAAGGAUGGCCCAGAAUUCACUUUUACUACACCAAAGUUUGCUCAAGGAGAAAUUGAAGCCAUAGUUGUGCCUGUUUGCCUAGCAUUUCUAUUGACAACCCUUUUGGGAGUAUUGUUCUGCUUUAAUAAGCGAGACCUAAUUAAAAAACAUAUCUGGCCUAAUGUUCCAGAUCCUUCAAAGAGUCAUAUUGCCCAGUGGUCACCUCAUACACCUCCGAGGCAUAAUUUUAAUUCAAAAGAUCAAAUGUAUUCAGAUGGCAAUUUCACUGAUGUAAGUGUUGUGGAAAUAGAAGCAGCAAAUGACAAAAAGCCUUUUCCAGAAGAUCUGAAAUCAUUAGACCUAUUCAAGAAGGAAAAAGUCAGUACUGAAGGACACAGCAGUGGUAUUGGAGGGUCUUCGUGCAUGUCAUCCUCUAGGCCAAGCAUUUCUAGCAGUGAUGAAAAUGAGUCUGCCCAGAACACUUCAGGCACCGUCCAGUAUUCCACAGUGGUGCACAGUGGCUACAGACACCAGGUUCCAUCAGUCCAGGUCUUCUCAAGAUCCGAGUCCACUCAGCCCUUGUUAGAUUCUGAAGAGCGGCCAGAGGACCUACAGCUGGUGGAUAACACAGAUGGCAGUGUUGGCAGUUUGUCCAGGCAACAGUAUUUCAAACAGAACUGCAGUCAGCGUGAAACCAGUCCAGAUAUUUCACAUUUUGAAAGGUCAAAGCAUGUUUCAUCAGUCAAUGAAGAAGAUUUGGUUAGACUCAAACAGCAGAUUUCAGAUAUUUCACAGUCCUGUGGAUCUGGGCAAAUGAAAAUGUUUCAAGAAAUUUCUGUAGCAGAGGCUUUUGGUCCACAUACUGAAGGACAGGUAGAGAGAUUUGAAACCGUUGGGAUGGAGGCUGAAGUUGAUGAAGGAAUGCCGAAAAGCUACUUACCCCAGACUGUCAGACGAGGUGGCUACAUGCCUCAGUGAGAGACUGGGUCCGGUUAAAACUUCACCAGUACCUGUAAACGAAAGCUAACUUUAACUGUUAUUUCAGAGAAAAAUAAUCUUCGCUCACUGAAGAUGGUCAUUUGCCCUUAAGGACCAUAAUAAACUGGCCUCCCACAUGGGCUGUUUCCCUUCCAGAAUAUCUGGGAUUCUACUUUCAAGCACUACAUAAACUGACUUCAUCCUCUGAAUAGCUGAAUGAUUUUGUGCUGUUUCAGGAUGUUUGCACUGAUGAAAAACAAAAAGCUUAUCUGAAAGUUAUAAAGUAAAAUUUUCUGUCGUUAGGUAACAGAUGGUCUUUAAAAAAUAAGCAGUGAUGUACUUAGCACAGCUCUACUGCUUUUCAUGAGAAACAGUCACCGAAUAAAGUGGCUGAGAUAGAGUUAAGAUAAAAAAUUAGAUGACCAAGGUCUAGGCCCCCCACCUCAGCUGACAGCGUAUGGAGACUGUUAGGUGGCACAAGUGUAUGAACCCAGUUUUUGUUUGACCAAAACCAACUGAAAAAAUAGUGGGCUGAAUUAUAAUUCAAGACUAUAGUCUUGCCAACAUGAAAUAGUAGACAUUCUUCUCCAUUGGUGUAAUGAUGCUGGCUACUAGAUAAAUGGAAUUCUAGAGUUUUAAUUUUGCAGAUUAAAAAAUAUAUUUUUGAACAUUAUACAGUCAUAAGUCAGUUUUCAAAAAUUUGCUUUGUCAUUAUUCACAAUCUGUUUGAAGAUUUGUUUCACAAAUUCAGCGGUUAAGAGUGCCCAGUUAAAAGCUAGGAAUGAAUGCCAAAGUAUUUUAACCAUUUUAAAAAUUCUUUGCCUUUUAUAGACUUGCCAUUUUUUGUAUAUGACCCUUUUUGUUAAAAGUUCAGAGAAUUUGAUGAAGCACUUUAUGUACUAUAUCUUCAACUUAAAAUGUGUUUUAAUAUGCCUGAUUUUAUUUUUAAGUAGGCCAAGAUUGGAAGGUUUUUUUUCUUCUAGUAGGUGUUUAAACAAACUGAGAAGACACGGGCACUACUUAAUCAAAGCACAACCCCAUCCAAAAAUGUACAUGCUGAUGUUAAUUAACAUCACAGGGAGUACCCUGUUGUAGAGGCACUUAAUGAAGAGAGAGUGUGUUAACACCUGCUAGUUCUGUGAUUUAAAGAGAUUUUAAACCUCUUCCCAGCCAUCCGAGCUCUCUUCUUCCCAGAGGUGAGCGAGCCAGGGCUCCCGAGUUUCGCACUAACCCCACUUUCACAUUUAUGCCAUAGCCUACCCUACCCACCACAUUUGACAGGAGGCAAAUGUUAUCAAGUAUAUUUGCAAAAAGUAUGUUACAGUUUUUUGUCAUAUUUAAGUCACAAAAACCAGGCCCACUUAAAAUGGUUUCUAGAGGUUAUUCAAGAAGAAUAGGCUAGCAGAAACUGCUGUACAUUUACAGUUGAAAUCUAAUUCUGCUCAUUAUAUGUGAUUUUGUACAUAUGAGACUUCCUGUUAAAUUUUAUCCUUUGUAUUCUGGCCUAAUAUGUCUCAGAGUUCUUUCGCACACAGGGUCUUUGUGAGACAGGGCAGAUGCAACGUGAGAUUUGUACAAUUACAGGAUGCGAAGUAGAUGAGGAGGCCUAGGCAGAGAAGUCACACUACAGGAGAAUAGCACCACCACCAUUUAAGUUGGUCAAAGCCUGAUCCAAAUCAGGAUUAGAUUUAUCUUGUUAAAAAUCUGUCAAGAAUUUUCAUUUCCUCCAAGUAAGUAGUCGUGUUAUUGUCAUCAUGUUCAGCUAUAACCUUCCUUUGCAGUGUCACAAAGAAUUGGAGCGUGAAGUUUGGACAUGGGGGCACUUAGAAAAUGUAAACUCCUAUUCUAGGGAUGAGAAUGAAGUCCUCCACUGUGUAAGCAACCCUGUUUGUGGAAAACUUGGAUAGAAAAUGGUACCGUGAGUGCAUGGCCCCCCGCCCCCCAGCUGCAAGAGCACUUUACACAAACUAAGCAGAUAGUUCCUGUACAGCUAAUGCGUUCAGGAAAUAUAUUGGGUUACUAAUAGGUGAUAUACAUCUUUUGCCCAGAAAGAGACAAGCAUUUGUGAAACUUGUUUAAAAUACGAAAUUACCUUCCUGAGCCAUGUCUUAGGAUAAUUUGAGGCAUGUAAAUUGUAUUUUAGAUAAGCAGAGAAAUGGAUCUGCUUUAUGUGAAAACUAUAUAUAAGUUAGUGGAGGGAUUACUCUGAUCUUUAGUAUCCAAAAAUUUCCUUUAAGUAAGUAAGUGCUGGCGCAUCAGAAAACAGCCUCUCUGUACACAGAACUAAUACGCUGCUACUGAUGCCUUCAUACAGGAUUCAGAAACAAGCAUAUUUGCGCCAUGUAUUGUUGUAAUUUGACUGUUAGCAGUAUGUUGGUACCCUACCCCGAUCCCUUAUGAAGGCAUGAGUAACCGUGGGGAAGCUACCAAACUUUAAGCCAGCACUUACCAGUCACAGCAUCAAGAACGUACCCAGUGUGUCAGUAAAAAAAAAAAGCCAUUCAUAUAUCUUGUGUUGACAUCUACCUAGCUAUUCUCUACCAAAGCUGUUCAUUUAAUUACAACUUUACACAUGAGGUUUUCUGGUCUUCCUAACUUAACUGUGACAUUAAAGGUUAAUGAAGUAGAAGUAUACUUGUAAAAUUUUAUUUACGAAAGCUCAUCCUUAAAGUAAAACAUCUAAAAUAUCUUCAGAAGUAGAAAUCAAAAUUUUUAAAAUGGUUAUUUGCUAGCCAUGUAGUUAACUAGUUAAAAUCAUGACAAAGAAUAAUCCUGUGAUACGGUUCCCUAAAAUAUUUUUUAACUGGCAUGUGCUGACCAGGCCUGAACCUCCGUUCUGCUAUAUUCCACAUCAUUAUUCUCCUGUGUUUGGUUUCAAGAACAAAUUUUUAAUCCAUACACCUGUUGUUUUGUUGAAAUGGGUAAAAUGUCAAUAUAACAACCUACAUAAAAAUUUUAAAGUUCAGUUGGUAAAAAUUACUGGGAUAGCUUUCUGUUGCAGGUCGUGUCCAAGUCUAUUGCCCAAGUAAGAUUGCUUUAAAAAAAUUUAUUGCACUUUUCUAUAAAUUGGAACUAUGGAGCCAUAAAAUGGCAAGCUAUUUAUGUUUAACUUAAAAUUGGUCAUGGCCGGAUGCCUGGUUGGCUCAGAAGAGCAUGUGACUCUUGAUCAGGUCCUGGGUUCAAGCAAGCCCUAUAUUGAGAGCAGACAUAAAGGAAAAAAAACUUUGAAAUCCAUGACAAUGACCAAUUUUAUUUUUUAAAGAAGGUAUAAAGUAGCAGCUGGUCUCUGACAGUUCCUUUGCAUAAUAUUUACAAACAAUUCAGUUGUAAGAACAACUUUCUAAAGCCAAAUGUACUGUCUUUUGGAUAAUCUUUUUGUUUUUGUACGUGCUACCGUUACGCAUUAGUAUGAUAUUCUCUACAUUUCAUUAAAAAGAAAAAGAAGGCAACCCGGGAUGAGCUCUUCUGUUGUCCAGUUCUUCCUAAUUUUUAAGAGCUUUUUGCUGUCAGCAGCUCCUUCAAGUGGGUUAGUUUAACUUCAUUACCAAGUACUUUAAAGUUGAUGAAAAUGUACUGAAGACCAGUGGAGACAGAUGUUCUACAUCUUUUAUCCUUAAAGACCAGUUUUGUCUGAAUGGUAACUACAUGUGUCAAGUGGUGUAACGUGAAUACUAAAAUGUGAUGUCAAAUGGUUAAAGGCAGAUAUUUGAAAAUUCAUUAGUCUUAAUAUAUGUUUAUUGAAUAUACUCUAGGUGUGCAAUUUGCUAGUACUACAGCACAGUGUAGCCUCCUCAUAUCCUAGCAUUAGGUCUGUAGCCGCGUUAUAUCCUAGCUGUGUCCCUUGUACUUGUAAGUGCAAUCCUCUCACGUUCAAUUCCUCUUUUCCCUGCCUAGUCUACUCCAUGUAGACGGCUUGUCUAGAGAGAGUAUUGUAUUUUUACCUCUACAGUGAAUUGCAUGUGCUGUUACCGUAGGUAUCGGGCUUAUGUUGACAUAACUCUAAAUGUUAUUGUAAAUGUUCCCUAUGUAUCAGCUCUAAUUCUGUAAGUAAAUUUAAGAAAUAAAUUCAUGUUUAAAUUUU